UUAUCCCCUCAUCCCUGAUCUUUCUUCAUCCGCUCCAAUCCGCAUCUGUUCCUCACAGGAGAGAGAGUGUGUGAGAGAGAGAGAGAGAGAGAGAGAGAGAGAGAGAGAGAGAGAGAGAGAGAGUGUGUGUGAGAGAGAGCAAGAGAGUGGAAUAUCCAUUCUGUGUGGGACAGGAAAACUGAAUAAAAAACAUCUAGUAACAGAAGAGGGGUAAACAUAUGACAACCAAACGGAGGGACCCUGAAAAGUGAGAACAGGUUAAGAAACCCACUGGAGAACUUCCUUAUUUGGAUUACGUCUGCUCACCUGAUUUCCCUUCCUGUCUCCAUCGGUGACGACGCCUACCAACCGUUGCCAUGGGCGAAAUGGAAGAGCUGCGAAAGGAGGCGGACAACCUUAAAGAUCAGAUCACUGAGGCCCGAAAAGUAGUGCAGGACACCACCCUGCAGGAGGCGGUUGCCGGGACGACGCUGGUGGGGCGUGUCCAGCUAAAGACCAGGAAGACGCUGAGGGGUCACCUGGCCAAGAUCUAUGCCAUGCACUGGGGCACUGACACCAAGUUGUGUGUCAGUGCCUCUCAAGAUGGAAAGCUGAUAGUGUGGGACACCCUGACCACCAACAAGGUGAGCGCCAUCCCUCUGAAGUCGUCGUGGGUGAUGACGUGUGCCUACGCGCCCUCAGGGAACAUGGUGGCGUGUGGCGGUCUCGACAACAUGUGCUCCAUCUACAACCUCAAGGGCAAGGACGGCAACGUCAAGGUCAUGCGGGAGCUGGCCGCACACACAGGUUACCUGUCCUGCUGUCGUUUCCUUAGCGACAGUGAGAUCAUCACCAGCUCUGGCGACUGCACCUGUGUUCUAUGGGACAUUGAGACAGGGACAGAGAAGACCAUCUUCGCGGGCCACUUGGGUGACUGCAUGUCCCUGGCCGUGUCCCCCGACUUCAAGAUGUUCAUCUCGGGGGCGUGUGACUUCACGGCCAAACUGUGGGACAUCAGGGAAGCCACCUGCAGACAGACGUUCAGCGGCCACGAGAGUGACAUCAACGCCAUCGGGUUCUUCCCCAAUGGUAAUGCGGUUAUAACGGGCUCAGACGAUGCCACCUGUAAGCUGUACGACCUGAGGGCAGACCAGGAGCUCAUCACCUACCAGGACUCGGGCAUCAUGUGUGGGGUGACCUCGCUCGCCCCGUCACUCUCUGGCCGCCUUUUACUGGCCGGAUACGAUGACUUCAACGUCAACAUCUGGGACAUGCUUAAAGCCGAGAGAGUGGGAGUGCUGGCUGGUCAUGACAACAGGGUGAGCUGCAUCGGAGUAUCCUCGGACGGAAUGGCAUGCUGCACAGGAUCCUGGGACAGCUUCCUGAAGAUAUGGAACUGAGUCAGUCCUCUAGUCUAGAGAACAGACAGAGCGAAAGACUAAGGAGAGGGGAAUAGAGGAAGAAUAUCACAGAAACCUGGUAGAUUGAAGAGGGGGAUGGGGGGAGACUAGGAAGCCAAGAGUGAAAGGUUAUUUAUUUGUAUUGUGCCAAGUCUUAUUCGAUUUGAGGGAAGAAUUGUGACGAGAGAGUCUGUCGUCUCUCCCUACUUCCGACUCAAGUUUAGAGUUAGGCAGGGGGGACUUUUGUAGAAAAACAUGAUCGUUGCAUCAAUGAAUGAUUGAUUUUUAUGUCAAGGUUCAAACUGAAUUCUAGCGUUAUAUGAAUAUAUUUCCUAUGUCAUAAGAGCAGUUGCCAAAUGGAAACGCUAGAUUUGGAUAUAGCAGGAUACGGUCACAAAAUAAAUGACCACCGAUAGACUGUAGGUUUACAAUAACUAGGACGUUACAUGCUUUUAUAUUCGAGGCGAUGUUUGUCAGAGGAUGAAGGAUGAAUAUGUAAGCAUUGAUUUGUUUCAAGCGGAUGUUUGUGUGUUGGUUAGAGAAUCCCCUUGUUUAGUUACGGUUUUCUAUUUUUAUGGCCACAUUAGAAUAAAAUUGUUUCGCCUGUAGAUUUCUACACGAGUGUGUGUCUGAAAGUUUACGUACGUACGUGAUUAGUAGGAUAAGUUUACCAUGAGUUGGGGUCUAAUCUUUUGACCUACUUCCCGAUGGCUAGUCACAAAAAGGCAUAAGCGCUCAGUAAACUGUUGGCUGGACAGACGGGAUGAUAUAGAUCUUAUGGUUCACUGACAACAAAAUAAAAAUGAAAAAGGCAAAUGCACAAGACCACAAUAUUUCACAUUUGUCAUAGAGGACUGGAGGAGUUUAAACCUUACCUGGCUGUGUAUAUCUAAUUGACAGUGGUUUGUUUUACCCCUGUCGUGCGAGCAAAACAUAGUCGCAACUCAAUGUGAAGUGACUUUGUCUUUUCAAAUCGCAUCACACACUUGACAAUUUGGACAGCCUGUCUUUACCAUCAGAACAUUGUGCAUAUAGUAAAUUCACAAGGCGCUUUUCUUACAC